AUGCUGGGUGACCCCUUCACCAAACCGGAAGAUGAACCAAGCGCUUCACUUUCAACUGUGGUGUCAAAUGGCGACUUAAACGCCAUCAAGACACUACUUGACCAGGGAGCUGAUGUGAAUGCGCCCGGUGGUAUAUACGGGAAUGCACUCACCGUGGCAGCUUCCCGCGGGAAGUUAGAUGCUCUAAGGCUCCUACUUGACAGAGGUGCUGAUGUGAAUGCCACCGGUGGUGAUUUUCAAACCGCCCUCCAAGCUGCAGCAUUCCGCGGGAGGCUAGAUGCCGCCCAUCUACUACUUGAAUGGGGGGCCGACGUCAACGCAGCCGGCGGCGCUGCCAUCCAGUGUGCAGCACGCAGUGGGGCUUUGGAUGUCAUUGAGCUUCUUCUUGACCAUGGAGCAGACAUAAAUGCCCAAGGCGGUGUUUAUGGAACAGCGCUACAGGCUGCGGCAUUAAAUGGGAAGUUGAACGGCAUCGAGCUACUCCUUUCCCGAGGGGCUGAUGUGAAUGGCUCCAGUGGUGAAUAUGGAAAUGCCCUACAAGCUGCGGCAGACCGCGGAGACCUGGAUGUCAUUGAGCUACUUCUUGACCGGGGGGCUGACUUGGACGCCUCCGGCGGCAGGCAUGGCAAUGCUCUCCAGGCUGCUGUAGUCCGUGGAAAUUCGGAUAUCGUCAAGCUACUCCUUGACAAGGGUGCUGAUGUCAAUUCCGCCGGCGGCUUUUAUGGAAAUUCACUUCGAGCUGCCAUACUGAAUGAGCACUUGGAUAUUACCGUGUUGCUCCUUGAUCGAGGGGCUGAUGUGAACGCCCCUCAGAACGAGCUUGGAAAUUACCUUAAAGCUGCAUCGCUGAUAUGCGGUAAAUACCCUGGGGACUUUAUCAAGCUACUCCUGGACUCGGGAAUCGACGUGAAAGCUCGCGGUGCGGCUGCUCUCCAAAUUUCAGCACGCAGGUGGGACUUGGAUAUCGUCCAGUCACUCCUUGGCAGGGGAGCAGAUGUGAACGCUAAAGACAAUGCAUACGGGACUGCCCUUCAAGGCGCUGCAUAUGGAGCCAAUAAAGGGGCCCUUGACAUGAUCAAGCUACUGCUGCAUGCGGGGGCAGAUGUGAACAUCCAGGCUGGUGAUUUUGGAAAUGCUCUUCAAACCGCAGCAUACGCAUCCCUUGGAGAAUUGGAUAUCGUUGAGUUACUUCUUGAUAACGGGGCAGACACAAAUGCCCAUGGUGGUAGAUAUGGCUCUGCCAUUCAAGCUGCCGCAUGCGCCCCACGUGAAAACUUGGACUUGAUCAAGCUUUUGCUUGACCGGGGAGCAGAUGUGAAUGCCCCGGGAGGUCGGCAUGGCUCUCCCCUCCAAGCUGCAGCUUCUAUGGGGCGUCAUAGAACUGUCAAGCUACUCCUUGAUCAGGGUGCCAAUGUUGGCCUUGGUACAGUCGAUCACCAGGGUUCGUCACUACUACAUGCUGCUGUCGCUUGCAAGGACACUACAACCCUGGACCUGCUCCUUGAAAAUGACGCGCAUGUUUACAUCAAUCACACCAAUUCCUUCAAACAAACACCACUCCAUGUUGUUAUUGAUCACCCCGAGUCCUUUCAAAGUUUCACGAGCUCUUUGGAUUUGUACCUGAAGAGAAAGAACGGAGACGCCCUGACCCUAUUCCGCUCUGCUAUCAACAAAGAAGACGCUGAUGGAUGCACUCCUUUACACCGUGCUAUAGAGAAUGACUUCCUGGAGGCCGCAGAAUGGCUCAUCGGUCACGAUGCCAGCGUCGAAAUUCUAGACUUCAAUAACGUCGCUCCGUUUCAGCGCGCCUCUCAGUUGAAGAAUUUCAGAAUGAUGAGUCAAAUUUUCCCCUGUCUGAACAAAGACCUUGGAACAUUCGACCAAUCCAUAAAGGCAGCAGAUUGGAGAGCCUCUAUACCGUCGGAUUGGAAAGACAACAUUGUCCUGUCUUUAAAUCCUUCCAAGAUGCUCCCAGUGCAAGCUAUGGAUGGUCGGGAAUUGGCAAAACACUUUUCUACCCUGUCAUAUCCCUUGGAUUACUCCAUGACAAGCGUGGCGGCACAAGGUGAUGAAUGUAUCGCAACUGCUCCUUUUCAAAGGGCUCUCGUUGGGGUCUAUUGGCGAUGGUGGCGUAAAGCAUUGACCGCACAGCCCGAGAUGCCAACUAUGGGGACUAAGAACGACCGCUCCAAUUGGAGAGUGCAGCUCAAUAAGAUUCCAAGUGCGGUAGCUUUGGGUCAGCCUUCUCGAGCGGAAUGCUUUCUGGAGGGCCGCGUAAUACUACCCUCAUGCGAACUCGUCCAGACAUCCACUCGAUUAACGGCGUCAUUUCUGAAAGUCAGGCCGAAGAACCAUGCCAUGAUUUGGAUAUUGGUCAAGCCCGAUGAAAAUCGCCCGAAAUCCACAUCCGCACAGUCAAAGCUUGAAUGCAAAGUCAUUUUGACAACACUGGAGUACUGCGAAAUGUCAACCUCGCCAACUCAGCUUUUCCGUCCUUGCAUCGAACAGCUAGAAGACGAGUGGAACAGUAUCUGCCGAGCUGCAGAAGAUCAUCUUUCUACGAUGCGAAGUGAGACAUUCCGCUCCAACGGAAGAAGUAUAGGCUUGAUUAGCGAUCAUCUGAGAGAUGCCCAGACGUGGACCGACUUCAAAAAGCUACUUCAAGUGCAACUCUCAAUUCUCCGAUCGUUGUCUAGGGAUUUUGAUCAAAGGAACGGGCAAGUUCUUCAGGAGGGUUCUGGUACUUGGGGUAAUGAUCUGAAACCCAAAUUCAUGAGUGACUUGGAAAACACGGAAUCAAGAAUUACAGAGAAGUUUUUGGCUCUGAAAGAGACUUCUGGAGAGUUGAUCGAAUUGGAAUUCAACCUUACUUCCAUUGCCGAGGCACAGAAAUCUACCACGAUGAACAGGAGUAUGAAGCGUCUCAGUUGGAUUACUUUCAUUUUCCUGCCUCUCAUGUUUAUUGCGAGUCUUUUUGGAAUGAACAUCGAUAUUCUCGAGUCAAACCCGGCUUGGUGGCUUUAUCUCCCAUUUGCCGCAGGCACUAUCAUCCUCACCUUAUCUAUAUGGAUACUCUUCAAGACCAGAAUCGGCGUAAGUAGCUCCAAGUUCUAUGGCUCUAUUAUUGCGCUACAUGGCUGGCGCAACACCCAAAUUAUAACUGACACUUUGAGUACCAGUUGGAAGAUACAAUAG